AUGGCCAUCGCAGCAGUUCUUUCAUUCCUGCAGCAAAGCAUUCUCGAAUCUCCGUUGCAGUCAUUGGCCGCAACCGCCUUCAUUGUCCCGGUUGUCUAUAUCAUCAUUAACGAAUUUAUUCGAGCUUCCGCUCGAGUACCUGGUCUUAAGGGCCCCCGUGGUCUUCCUCUGAUUGGAAACCUGGCGCAGAUCCGAAAAAAUGCCGCUGAACAAUAUCGCAUAUGGUCUAAAACGCACGGGCCCGUUUAUCAAAUCCAGCUGGGAAAUAUCCCAGUUGUUGUCGUGAAUUCGGCGGCGGCGGCAAAAGUUCUUUUUGGACACAAUGCACAAGCUCUAAGCUCAAGACCGGAAUUCUAUACUUUCCACAAGAUUGUAUCAAAUACUGCUGGCACAACAAUCGGGACUUCCCCAUAUAGUGAGUCACUUAAGAGACGCAGAAAAGGUGCCGCUUCAGCCCUCAAUCGCCCUUCUGUGGAAUCAUACAUCUCGCACCUAGAUGUCGAGUCCAGAUCUUUCGUGGAUGAGCUCUACACUUAUGGAAAUGGUGGCGAAAAACCAGUGGAUCCUAUGCCGAUGAUCCAGCGUCUAAGCUUGAGUUUGUCCUUGACCCUCAAUUGGGGGGUACGUGUGGCCUCCCAAGAAGAAGACCUAUUUGCCGAGAUUACCCACGUCGAGGAAGAGAUCAGCAAGUUCAGAAGCACCACUGGCAACCUGCAGGACUACAUUCCUCUUUUACGACUAAACCCCUUCAAUAGCAACUCAAAGGUUGCCAAAGAAAUGAGAGAUCGACGUGAUCGGUAUCUCACCGCUCUAAACCGAGACUUGGAUGACCGCAUGGAGAAAGGCAUUCAUAAACCAUGCAUCCAGGCGAACGUUAUUCUCGACAAAGAGGCGAAACUAAACUCCGAAGAGCUCAUAUCAAUCAGCUUGACCAUGCUUUCUGGAGGUCUCGACACAGUCACGACCCUUGUGGCUUGGAGUAUUGGCCUUCUUUCCCAGCGGCCUGAUAUCCAGGAGAAGGCCGCAAACGCGAUACAAGAUAUGUACGGGCAUGACCAACCCUUGUGCGAUCCCAUGGAUGAUCAGAGAUGUGCCUACGUUGCAGCCCUGGUUAGAGAAUGCCUAAGGUAUUUCACAGUCCUUCGUCUCGCGCUUCCCCGGACGUCGAUUAGAGAUGUGGUGUACAAUGGAAUAGUGAUCCCUAAGGGCACCGUAUUCUUCUUGAACUCCUGGGCCUGCAACAUGGACCCCGAAGUCUGGAGCGACCCCGAGGAGUUUCGGCCAGAAAGAUGGCUCGAGCAACCAGACGCUCCUCUUUUCACCUAUGGCAUGGGCUAUCGCAUGUGCGCUGGCUCACUACUCGCGAAUCGUGAACUCUAUCUUGUCUUCAUGCGCACACUAAAUGGUUUCCGAAUCGAGCCACUUGGUGAGACUGACUGGCAUCCUGUUCGGGGCAAUUCAGACCCUACAAGUCUCGUGGCAAUCCCACAAAAGUAUAAGGUUCGAUUCGUUCCAAGAGAUGAAAAGGCACUCGCGACAGCACUGGGUCGGUGAUUGGCAAAUCUGACUUACGGUUUGUAUUGGGAGGGUGAAGCGAAGAACUGAUGUUGUGUAUAUUUUUUAUACUGGACGGAAGCUGGGUAUAGUAAUUAGCCUGUGUCUCUGAACAUCAGUACACUAUGAAGGGGAGAAUGCUCACCUCAGUGGAGAUGCUAGGAACAUCAGUCGGGCUUGAUUAUUCUAUAGCGAUCCCCUAUGUCCGGGCACUUUCUUCAAACCCUCCUGGUUGUGGACCAUGUAGGAUUGUAGCUUAG